CUCGCGCUCAAUCGUCGGAGGAAAAUUUCAGCAGCAAGACGUAAUUUCUGUUUGUUCGAGAGUUGGCGAGUGAAAUUUUAUUCGAUUAAAAAGAGGUUUUUUUCGCUGUAGUAAAAGCGCGAAUUAUUUCGUGAGUUUCGUGGUGAACUUUGCGACAAGCUGUGGAAUAAAAGAAGGCGCACCGGAAGUGCAAUGGGAAAAGACUAUUACAAGGUGCUGGGGGUGGCCCGAGGGGCGAACGAUGAUGAGAUCAAGAAGGCGUACAGGAAGCUGGCGUUGAAGUACCACCCGGACAAGAACAAGAGUCCGCAGGCGGAGGAACGGUUCAAGGAGGUGGCGGAGGCGUACGAGGUCCUGUCGGACAAGAAGAAGCGGGACAUUUACGACCAGUAUGGAGAGGAGGGUUUGCGGGGAGGAAUGGGCGGCAUGGGAGGUGGUGGUGGCGGCGGUGGCCACGACGGAGGCUCGUUCACGUACCAGUUCCACGGAGAUCCGAGGGCGACGUUUGCGCAGUUCUUUGGAACCAGCGAUCCGUUUGGAGUGUUCUUCGGAAACGACGGAGGUGGCUCGAACAUGUUCUACACGGAUAUGGGCGGCGAGAUGGACGAUCCGUUCGGAUUUGGAGGUGGUCGCGGAGGAGGCAUGGGUGGUGGAUUCCCGGGAGCGUUCCGAUCGCAGUCGUUUAACGUGCAGGGAUCGCCAAACAGGAAGCACAAGGCACAGGAUCCGCCGAUUGAGCACGACCUUUACGUGACACUGGAGGACGUGAACGGAGGUUGCCAGAAGAAGAUGAAGAUCUCCAAGAUGGUCAUGGCUCACGACGGAGGAGCGCGGAAAGAGGAAAAGAUCCUGAACAUCAACGUGAAGCCCGGCUGGAAGGCGGGAACGAAGAUUACCUUCCCCCGCGAAGGAGACCAAGUCCCCGGCAAGAUCCCCGCCGACAUCGUCUUCAUCAUCCGGGACAAACCCCACCAGCACUUUAAGCGCGAGGGCAGCGACAUCAAGUACACGUCGAAAAUCUCCCUGCGCCAGUCGCUCUGCGGAACCGUCGUCAAGGUCCCCACCCUCUCCGGGGAAACCCUCUCCAUCAGCACCGUCGGCGAAAUCGUCAAACCAAACUCGGUCAAGCGGCUGCAGGGUCGCGGCCUGCCCUUCCCCAAGGAACCGUCCCGCAAGGGCGACCUGCUGGUCGCGUUCGACAUCCAGUUCCCGAACGCGCUGAACCAGAACGCCAAAGACAUUCUGGCGGAUCUGCUUCCGGUCGAGGGUGGCCAGUAGAGCAGCGCGCGCCUAGAACCUUCUAGACCAGCGGAAAAUACGUCGCGCCGUUGAUGACGUUGAGGAAGAUUAUAGUAGUGAGUGCUUUUUCGCUGAGCGAGAGCGAGUGGAUUGUUCGCCUGUAAAUAAGGGGAAAAUAUCGUGUAAAUAUGAACGGAGCGAGCGAGAGAGCGGCGAGAGAACCUUGUGGAAGCUUUAAUUCAUCCCCUUUUUGCCCGUGGCAAAUCACGCUAGUGUUUAUUAUUUUUUAAAAAUUUUGUUGUUUUUUUUCUACGGAGAAGCAACGAACGCGAAUGAUCGAGUAAGACUGAGAAAUGUAAUUUAAUUUAGAGGAAAAAGUAAGAAUGUGUGAGAGCGUGACAGGCCUGUUGUUGUAACCGCGCGGUUCUGUAAAUAGUCAAAUAUUACCACUAAAGAGCACUGUUUAGCGAAUUACCUGUUUAAUUAUUAUUUUUUGGUACGUUCUAGUACGAAGUGAUUGCUGUGAAGCGAAGAUAGCAGUUCAUGCAAAUAAAGAGCAUUAUGUGUAAAAUAGUUAAAAAAAA